AUGGUGAACGGACAGGCGCAUGCCUUGAAAGAAAUGUUGGCGCGUUUUGACUUUGACCUAGAUGGCUCCAUCUCCAGGGAUGAGUUCGCCGAGAUCGCCAAGGACGCCUGGGUUCAGAGCUAUUUGCGAUACCUGGGAAUCGAGAUGCCUAGCGUGGAUACGUUCUUCAACAUGCUCGGGGGCGUAGACGAGCAUGGCACCGUAGCGAUCGACAGGUUCGUCGACGGGUGCAUGCGCUUAAGAGGCGAGGCCAAGAGCAUCCAUCUGAACCAACUCUUGUAUGAGGUGAAAUGUCUAGACUUGUCCAGUGUACACUCGGCGGUAUCCGCGAUGAGGCACGAGCUCAGCAUCGUCAAGAAGUAUUUGGAGAACCGCGUUACUAUCGAGGCCUUCGAUGAUGAGAGCCAUAAUCCCAAAGGGAAUGAUAUGCGGGCGAAGCCAGGAGCAGUCGCUUCUAGUGGUGGCGUUUUUCUCUGCACGUCCAUCGUGCCCACCGAACCCACCGUUCCGUCUCAUAUGACUCUGGGUUAG